AUGAAAGCUUCAGAAAAGAAGAGUAGACCUUUGUCUGCAACAAGAAGAAUGGAACCUAAGGAUAAAUUGGACGACAAUGCAGAAGAGAUUUUUAAAGCAAUGGCUGAAGAGAAUCAGACAAUAGGUGAGAGAUUAUGACAUCACAUUGAUUUUUAAUUGCUUUGAAAGUCAGGUAUUAAAAUUGAAAUGUGAACAAAACAUGUGAAAGGCAAGAAAGGGUUACAAAUAGUCCUAAUGGUUCAGCUUAUGAGUACAUGUGAUGGGUCUCACAUGCUAAGUUUUUACCUGUGAGCCUCGAUCACUUUUUCAAGCUUAGGUUUUAAAAGAAAAUAAGGGGCUUUCACUAUUGAAUGUAUGUUAAGUCUCACAAAUACACUUUUAAAAAAAUUUAUUUUUCAAUAACUGCAUGCAAAAAUAUUUGUCAGUAGUAGUGAAGGGUACAUGUAGGUGCUGAACAGGAAGCAGCAGAGGAGAGCAGGAUUCUCCUCAGCAGAAAAGUGGUGUGGCAACCAAGCCAAAGCCCACCUCUGGGUACCUGUUAGCACAGCACAGACAAACUAGUGUCUUGAUUCAAUACUAACCCAAAAACUUUGGAAGGACUUAUGAGGAGGAGUAGGAGGAGGAGGUGGAGGAAGAGGAGAACAAAGCCAGAAAAUUAGCAAAUAAAAUUGAGGAAAAGCAAUGCCUCUGCAGUUCUCCCAGGGACCCCUCACAGCCUAUGAGUGAAAUGCUUGCUUUGACGUAGUUAUAACCUUGUCUACAUUACAAUUAGCCUUAUUUAAGUUAAAAAAUCUUGAGAAAAAUUACUCUCUCUCUCUGACUAAAAUGAUACUCUGGUUAAAAUGUUGUGUGAUAAGGUGGUCAAAUGACUAAUAUAAAUUAUAUGAUAACCCUUUUCUAUCUCAUUUUUUUAGAAUCAAAAGCAUCUGGAUCUCAGACAGCUCCAGUAAGAUCUAAGGUAAGUUCAAAACUUUAAAGCACUUUCAUCAACUUGAAGGGAAAUGGAAACAGCAUUAGCGAGAAUGUUCUUCAAUCAUUGGUAGUGAUAAUUAUUCUUGGCCAUUAAGUACCAUUCUCCUGGUACUUAAACUUAACAUUAGGUGAAACAUUUUAAGCUAGAAUUGAGAUUUUUAUAGUUGGCUUACUCUAGGUAGUCAUUCAGUCUUGAUUUAGGGUAAGAUUUUAUCAUGCCGAUUUUACUUGAGUUUUUAGUACAACGUUUUCCUAGAACGUAUCCAGCUCACCAUUACAUGAGGUUAAAAGGCCAUCAUCAUUGGCUUCCUUUCCUUUGAAAACUGAUGACACCAUAGCUCUUGUCACAGAGAAAGUCAGAAAAAUGGAUGCAAGGUGAAUGAACAAGUUAUAUUUAUUUCCAUUAUUAAUUUGGCCUAUGUGUACAUGGCGAACAAAAGGCCCAUAUUUUCCUAAUACGUCCAAGCCCCUUUGUACAACCACCUUCCUGUUAUGUAAGUUAUUUGACUCUAUGUCUAUGCAGUAAUUAGCAUUGUAUUAAAAGGAUUUAGAUUCAUUGUUAAUUAUUUCAAACAUUGCCACUCUGCCUACUACAACAGAGGAAGUUAAACAUGAUAUAGCCAUGUAGACAAACAUUUACCAGAGUGACAAAGAGGUCCUGAUUUUUCACCCAUAGGCAACAGCAAAGUUUAAUAGAGCUUCUGUCCAAACUGGAAUGCAAGGCUCCUUUUAAAGUGUCCAGUCCAUCACCUUCUCCUCGACUUUCCCCAAUGAAAGCUACUGUGCCAUUUACACCCAUGACAAAAUCUUCAUCUAUUGAGAGUCAAUCUAAGGUAAUAAUGUGUAUUCUCUUGUCAUUUUGAUGACAAAGUGGUCUAAUGGCUAGAAUGCUACAAUCUGGAUCAAACGGUCUGAGUUCAAGACGUUGCCAGGUCACUGUGUUGUGUGUUCUUGGGCAAGAGACUAUACUCUCACAGAGCUUCUUUCACUCAAGGAUAUAGAUAGGCACUAAUGAAAUAUCUGUAAAACACGAUGAUAUACAGGGAGAGGGGGGCAACCCUAUUGUACAGUUUCAUCCCUCCCAGGAAGAAUAGCUUUUCUUCCAGUGGCUUUACACUAUGGAAACCUGGAUAAGCUGUGGCAGGAUAAGCUUUCCACCUCACAAGAUGACAAUGUAUCGAUCCAACACUAUUUUGUUUGACUCUUUAUAGAAUGGUUUUAGCAUGAGGAAACACCUUGGAUUUUCAUGGAGUGCUCUUUCAAGGGGUACUAACAGUUUUUAAGGGAGGGAAAUGGCGUUCAGUGUUGUUCAAUAGUUGGGUUCUGUUCCUGCAUCUACAAUGUAGUGGCUUGACUCCACUUCGCUUUCUCUUGAACAGCAAACAAGGUAUUUUGUUUUUCCCUCCAGGAUUUCAGUGUAAUGGAUUCACUGGAUGAUGCUGAAAAUAAUAAAGCUGAAAGUGAAGAGGGAACAGAUGUCUAUUUUGAGAUUAUUUCAAACUGGGGAAACUCAAGUUAUGUAGGACUAACAGAGGUUUGUAAUUUCCUCUCUUGUAAUGUUGUAACUAAUUUUGAAACCGACAUAAUAAUCACAGUAAGGAGGUAGUUUAAUUGGACAAGAGAUUGGCUCAAUGUAUCUAACUAACCUGAUGGUUUAUUUUCUCUUCACAUAAAUUCUUUGUUCUUCAGAUUCAGUUCUUUGAUUUAAAGGGGAACACGAUUCCUUAUGAUGAGCACAAUGUGAGUUUAUCAGGCCAUGUUAGAGACGGGGGUGUCCUUGGUAACUUAGCCAAUGGGAAAACAAAGGUAGUUGUGUUUACCUACCAUUUAUUAUAAUUGAUUGUAUUGUAAGCCAAGUUGUUGUGGGUUGCACCUUAAACUGCUUUUGCAAAUGUUCCCUUAUGUCCUACAAACGUGCCUUUUAGUAUUAGCUAAGUACAUGCUCAUGCCAAUGGCGAAUGAAUUCUGAAUUUUACUUUUUAUUCUCAGACUACUAAAGGUCGGUAUAUGUGGUCAUGUGGGUUUCAAACUAAACAUCCAGUUGAAUUAGUGUUUCAUCUGCCCAGUGGUGACGCUACCAACCUUGAAUCUCAUGGACUAUCAAAAAUCUCUGUCUGGAAUUAUAACAGAGGUAUCAAGGUUAGUCACUGGGAAGCUCGUUCUGAACAUUGUGUUACUUGUAGUUCUGCACAACAUCACAACAUGCACUGUUAUUGUUUCAUCGUAAUUGACUUACAUGUAUGGAAAAAAUUGUGAUUUCCCUGGCGUCUAUAGUGACAGAUAAAAAGACAAAAACAGGUGCAAGACAAGAAGUUAUUACGUUAAACACUUUCUCGCGCAUAAGGUUAAGAAAAAGCUAACCAUGUGGGAGGAAAAGCUAACCGUUAACUUAGUUACUUAGAACCCUUUCAACACUGCUGAUGUAGCAGUAAACAGGCCGCUUGUGACAUAUGAACAGCUAUGUGCAGUGGCUCACAAUCGUGGCAAAACGUACGGAGACAAUUUGUUCAAGCAUACGAUAGCUGUCCUCAAAUCUUAUUGCUAGACUGAAGGAGACGCCUUUCUCACCUCUCUCUUGCUAACGUUUUACUGAGUUUAUCACCAAAAUAUGUAUUCAAAGAGAGAAAAGGGGGACAGGAAAUAAAAGGACAAUAUAUGAACCUAGAUUGGAAAAAGUACACUUUGCUUAAUUGUCUCAGACAAAAGUUUUGUUUGAAUGUGGCCCGCUUCUGAGUUCUCUGUAGUUUAGUGGUACAUGUAGAGCACGUAUAAUCCAAAGGUCUGAGGUUCAGUUCCUCGUAACUUUUCCUUAUCUUGGAAAUGAUUGAACCUAUCUCGAAAUCGUAAGAACCUCAAAUGACUUCAAUCCAUGUAUUGGAUUUAUCAUUUGCCAUUCCUAUUAUAUUACUACUGCCCUUUCUUAGAGUUUUUCCUUCUUAAGAGUUUUACGUAUUUAUUAACUUUUUUAAGGAACUAAAUGUCGGAGUUAGAGAUGUGAGAAUUUUCGUCGGAGGGGACCUUGUAUGGGAAGGAGUUAUUGACAAAGUAAGUGAAGUUUUGUCUUACUUUUGAACGUUUUUAGCUAAACGUUAUCUGCUGAGUAUACAUGUACUUGGAUAGCUGAAAAAGAUAGUGUGUGAUUGAACUGAACUUUCUAUUAUUUCAGGGGUGUGGUAAUCCUGUGUUUGAUUACUGCAAAGUUAUUAAUCUCAUCCACACAAACGAACAAUCGGAAGGAAGCAAGGAACAGGCACAGGUGAAUUUAUGAGCAUAGUUAGUUUUAAUGCAAUUGCAAUCUAUUUUGUAGAUCGAAGUGAAGAGACAUGUUGAAACUAUCAUCUUAGACAAAUCUGUGAUCGUAUUUCCUCGAGGUUACAACAUUGUUUCACGCAAACCAUCUGGUUAAGGGUACUUCCCCUUCUGCUUCAAAGCUAGAUUUAUGUAAACAAUUCUGUUUGAGAUUGUUGGUCCAUGACGCACCUCGCUAAAUUUUUGUCUCCGUUUUGAUUUUGUGAGAAAUUUGUAAACACUAUGAUAAAAUUUACAAGUGCAUUCAGGUUCAAGACGUUUACUUUUGCUUGCAAAAAAAGACCAUGAGGGUUAACCUGUUGGGUGCGCUAAAACGAGUGGGCCAUGAUCACUUUUCUAGUUGACUGUUGCUCUUAAAUUUAAUAUACUCUGCUUAUGGCUUAUGUAGGAUCCAGAGCCUAUAAUUCGAAGUGAAACUGUGGUAUUGAGAAGAUCUGUCGAUGGACAGAAAGAGGAGAACGAAGAGAUGAGCGCUGCUGUUGAGUGUGAUAAAAGUUCUGAACAGGAUGUGAGCAGAUGCAAAACGGUGUUGUUAAAAUCGUCAGCUGAGGAAGAUCCACAAAGAAAAGAGCGUGAUAUUAAGGAUAAUAGUGUCGAGCAAUAUAAAAAUGAAAGGUAAUGCACAUUCGCUCUGUCAGUUUCUAUAGUACUCCUUGACAAAUAUGUUUCCGUGCCUCUGGUAAGAACAAAAGAGAGGCAUACGAGGCGAAGCCAACUUGAAGAAUCUAUCGUACUUGUUGUUAUUGCAGACUGGGGUCGUUCAGUCGAGAAAUCAACUAAGCUCUCUAAGGCACGGCAUUCAUGUAAAGCAGCAAUAUAGUGUAGUUUAUAGUGUAAUUAAUAUGAAAUAAUAAAUAAAAUAAGAUUACUUGCUCCGAUAUGCUUUUUCUUUAGACAUGCUAAAGAUGGCAAACAAUCUAAAGAACAUGAAAUGAUACCAAAACCCCCAGAGUCUCCCAGGAUGCACCUAAAAUCCCCAAGACCACAUCGACAGGAAAAGUCAGCAGAAGAAAGUAAGGCAGGCCAACUACAACAAGGACAAGACAGGUAAGAAGGUUUAGGUUACUAUACUUUGUUGAAGGUUAAGGACUUGCUGCUCUGUUGUUGCAUCUCUCACUUGUGGUCAGUACAAAAUCUACCAGGUUUGCAUUAGCUCUUGUAUUGCCCUGUCCCGAAUGAUGCGUUUUUGUGCUAAAAUGCAAACCUAUUGAUGCUUUUGCGCGUGUCAUCCACCGUAAAAUUCACGGAAACGCUAAUGAACCAGAGAUUUUUAAAAUGAUCUGAAAAAUAGGGCCUUCGGAAACACGUCAUUUUUCAAAAUAUUCCGUUUCUAGUAUUUCUCGUAUUGAUAUGAUGAAAAAAGGGCCACCUAAUGGUCGUUUCUUUCGGCAUUGUGUGGCGUGCUUUUAUAGACCGUAGGGGAAACGCAUUUAAACGAUGCGUUUUAAAUGGACACAGCGCAUUGGUGUAGACAUAUUGAAAACAAAACGAAGACGUCGGUGUGGGAAAACGGAUACGUUGAAACGCAUAAACACUUUACAACUAACUAGUAUGGACCAAAGGACCAAAAUUCCUCUGGUGUAAAUAUCUCCAAGGUAAUUGCUGCAGACCUCGUUAUUUUGACUGAAUAUGCGCUGCAAUAGCAUGCAAUUAAAAAUGUUCGUAUCGAUAACAUAACAACCAAACGACCGCCAUUACAUAGAAUCACGGUGGUGAUCUAAAGGGCGGUGAAAAACUGGCGAACAGGGAACCCAGCUAAUAUGACGUACUCGUGCAUGUAUAUCUUGUGGUCAAGUUUUAUUUUAUUUUUAUUUUAUUUUUAUUUUAUUUGUAUUUUAUUUUCCUGUGUCAUUAUUAUUAAGAAGCACUAGGGAUAAAAUUGAACCAAUAGCAUGUGCAUUUUGUGUGCAAGUCAAUUAUACAAGGAGCAAUUCUCUGUGCCGGCAUAUCGUCCAUGUGAGAUCACACUGAGAUAUAGAUAACAAAUAAUUUAGUUAGGAAGUGGGUAUUAAAACAAUCAUUGUUUCGGCAUCUAGAACUAAGGAGAAAGCCCUGAGGUCUCUGUUAGCUGCCGACUUGACAUCAAGCAAUAAAAAACUUGAGGAGCAAUCUCUGGUUACUAGGUAAAUAGUCGUGUUUUCUUUAUUAUGAUACAAUUGAUAUUCAUAAAAAGGUCUCCCCCCAUAAGGAGAAGACUUUGCUUUUAAGGGAGGGGUGACUCACAAAAGAGAUGAUAAAGACGGGGAUUGGGUUGUGUGCGUAAGGGAGUUCCACAAGAGCAAACCUGCGCUGCUAUUUUUACCAAAGUUUGCGUAGUGUGUAUGUGUAUAUAUAUAUGUGUGUGUGUGUGUUUUUGUUUUAACCAUAUGGAAACGGGAUACCCCCUUACUCGUGUAGGAGCAAGAGGCAAGAGCACCUUAUUUUUCUGCAACUUUGAUUUCGAUCUUGGAUUUUCUUCUGCCGUUAGGUCAAGUUCCACUCCAAAUCUUUCAUCCUCAGAAGCUCUUGGGAGCUCGGAUGUGAACAGUGAUUCUCUAAGGUAAGUUGAAAGACCCACUUAAAGUAUUUGAUACACACUCUUUUAACCUUUUAAUCCCAAGGAGUGACCAUUAUCUAAUUUCUCCUUACUAUAUCACCCCUGGAUCAAACAUUAAGAUCACGAGCAUAAGGGAAACGAUCACCGACUAAAGAAGCUCUUUAUUGUUUGAUGAAUUUUCUUGUAAGUGACUUUCUUUUUUCCUUUCUUUUUUUUGGAAGAGGAAAUUCUGUGGCUGGCUCUGUGUUACCAAACAAGCCACCAUGGUUAGAAUCAAGCAAGAAGAAAGACAAAUCUGGGUAAGACCAAAAGACGAGUAAUUUUUUGUAACUAGCUUGCUACUAGAGGUUACUCUCUAGUUUCGACUGUAACCUGUGGGUACGUCCAUCUCUAUAGCACCGUAUCAGCCUAAUUUGUUUCCUAUUCACCCACAGUUCUUCCUCCCGUUCAUCCUCAAGAUCAAAAUCCAGACCCAUAUGGCUUGAGAAUGAACCAGGUUAGUGAAUGAUUGAUAAUUUCAGCCAGAUUUUUGUUUGGGUAAUAACAUAAUUUCUCGCGUAAUUUGGUGCAAAUAAGCACAAGGUCGUAGGGCGAGUGCAUUUUGUGGUUUUGAAAAAUUUUGAGGUGCUUAUUUGCACCAAAUUGCACGAGAAAUCAUGUUGUUACUUUUAAAUAAUUUACAUGCAAAAAUCAUCACAAAAAGACAAGACAGGCGAAGUUUUGACAGCGCGAUGGUGCUAUUUGUAAUUUGUAAUUUGCACUAGUGUGGCAACUUUGCACUCGUUACAUGAAAAAUCGUUUCAGCCAAUCAGAAGCGCGUAAUUUUUUUUAUGUGUUAUUACACAAGAUAUUCAGCUGUAUGAAAUUAUUAUUUUAGCCCGUGUCAGAAAAUUUUAGUUACUUAAUUAAUACCAUCAGGUUUCGGCUUUCUCCCAGAACCUCCGUGACCAUUGUCCUGCGGAUUGGGGUGGAGGGUUUAAGAGUAAUGCAAACCGGAACCCGAGUUUCCUAUCUGGUUUGAUAACAGCACAUGUGCAAAGACUUUUUUGGAUUCAGCAGCAAAAAAGCGAUGAUUUUUUACCAAAAUCGUUUUUUUUGGACGUCGAAACAACGUUUCGCCAUACAUUUUUUUACCGAAUCAAAACUGUUUUUUUUGAAAGCACCGGACGUGGCGCCGUAAACAACGUUAAAAAAAAAUCGCCAAUAUUGAUCUCAAAGUACCGGACGUGGAAUGGCAAACGACCGGACGAAACGUCCGGCCUCCGGCCUCAAAUGAAAACCCUGCCGAAUUGCAAUGUUUGCCCUGUGGCGAUCCCGGAAAUCGUGGCGCAAACAAAAGGAUCCGAUUACUGGCAACUCGUUCAUUCAGGUUUUUCCUGUACUGUGGAACAAUAGAAUUACUUUGUGGAUCGAUGAAUGAUAGGAGUAGCCUUAAGAAUUGGCGAAAAAGUAGAUGUAAAAAUUUUCACAGGUGUUGAUCCAGGAAGAAGUAACAGUUUGACAGAUGUCCGACAAGCAUCAGAUGAUCUUUUCAAGAGUGAGAAGCCUCAUUCCAGACCAUCAAGUGGACGUAGAUCCAGCACUCCUGGAGCCAGUGUUAAGUCGGAGUCAUGGCCCAGUGAAUUUCUUGACAAGUAAGUAUGCAACCGCAACCACAACAUCAUCAGUGUAAUUUUCACGGCCAGUUGCUGCAAGCGUUUCUGUAGUAAUAAAGCGCUCUCGUAGCCCUGCGUUUACACUUAGAUCGGUAAAAGGACCAUAUUCACCGUCCUUUUGUGAAUACUUAACCAAUAAGAGAAAUUUCCUAAUGAGUGACGUCAGCUGUACAGAGACACAUCGGAUUUACUUUUCUUUACUCAAAGAGUGGUUCGGGAAAGUUACACGGUGCUUUUAAGUAAUCAGAUGCAAAAUCCUUACUUAUGCUGGUAAACUUUUAAAAAGUUACACAUAACCAUGUUUCUUCACAGGGAUGAAUGUCUUCCGACUUGUUUGGAUGGAAAGGCUGGUCAACUGGUAAGUAUGACUAUUAUGAGUGCUAUCUACAAUGUAAUCUAUCUUGUAGUAAACCGACCAAACUGUGCUACGUCAACAUUUAAUAUGCGUCGAUUGUAGAGUACUGUGCACAACAAGAGUCUUCGACAUACAUACAUACAUACAUGUAUAAGCUUUAUUUAUCCUCGGAUUUCAGUGUAGCUUACAAGCUAGUAUCUCCGAUCCUAAUUACUAAUUUUUAAAAGUUACAGCAAGAACAAGGCUAAAAGAGAAAAAAAAUAAUAAUAUAAUAAUAUAAUAAUAAUAUAAUAAUAAUCAUUAAUAUAAUAAUAUAAUGUAAUAUUAAUGUAAUAUUAACAGAAACCGUGCACUAAUAGUUUGCGCUUAAAUUCACUAUAAUCUACAGUCUUUCUAAAGUGGCCAGCGAGGGAGUUCCAGUACUCAACAGAUGAAUAGCUAAAAGAAUUUAGACCAUAUGUGGUUGUAAACGGCUUAGGAAGUGAUAAAAUAUUGGUGCCCCUUAAGGAGUAAGCAGUAGAUCUUAGCUUGAUCAGUUGUUUCAAAUAGCACGGAUAUUUACCAAGAUGGAGACAGUUGAAUAUACAAAUCAUCAUAUAUUGUAUCCUCCUGUUGGCUAAACCACACACACCUGCCUUGUCUAAAAGAUCAUCAUAGUUCGAGUCCCAGUCCUUUAAAACAAAUCUUAAAAUACGUCUAUUUAAGGUGUCCAGUUUAACAGAGUCCUCUGAAUUACAAAAGUGCCAUAUCAUUGAACAAUAGUGAAAAUGGGAUAACAUAAACGUUUUAUAAAGGCGAAACAUAAUUUCGGUAGAAAUAAGUUUGCCAAAUCUUUUGAAGACACUGAACUGAUUAUUUAUUUUUUUUUACAUACAGAGGAUAUGUGAUUCUUGAAAUUAAGUUCAUUAUCAAGAAUUAUUCCAAAAAGUUCCAGGCAUCUUGUGGUUGAGAAGGAGAAAGGGUAAUCGGUUUUGCCAAGAACCAUCCCUUGGUGUUUAGCGGGGUUGGCUUUCAUCCCAUUGUCUUCGAACCAUUUGUUUGCUAUUUGUACAUCAUGAUUGAUCCGCUGUUCCAAGGCUACUGGGUCUACGUCAGAUGUGUGCAGUUGGCAGUCAUCAGCAUAAGUGUUUAGUUUUACAGACUUAAUGUGAAAGAUGAGGUCAUUGAGGAACAUGUUGAAAAACUAAGGGAUGAUUCAUGGACGGCACAUGUUUUUUAUAUGCAAGUCGUUUGCUCAACAAUAUUGCGGCUUUAUUUGUAUAGGAAGGAAAAGGUCGCACUGGCUCGGGAAGAAGAAAAGAUGAGGAUAAAGUGUGUAGUGAUGUCGGAACAGAAGAGACGGGUGCACAACAUGAUGCAAAGCAAGCACGAGCCACGUGGAGAAGGUAAUUUUGAAAAUAGUAAUCAAACCUUUUCCAUGUGAUGUUUUGAAGUGAUAUACUCCGGGAAAAGAGGUCCGAAGUCGACGAUAGUGUUAUUUUAUCGAGCAAGUUAAGUCACUCUUACAUUUCCUCCCUCCACCUGAAGCAUAAAAGUGGUUGGGCAAACCGAAGGGAUACAGGAAGAAAAGCUGAGGGUAACCUGCGUGGGACUAGCAUCUUAUCUAGGAGGAGCUACAAUUUUCUUAGUAGCGUCAUGCUUCGGAGACCGGGCUAAGCUCUCGUGUAAAGGACCACUCGACUCAAAAGCAUCUUGCGAGUUAUCGAGUGCAAUUUCUGAUUUAGUCACCCAGAUCACAUGCUUGUGUUAUGACGCCUUAGAACAUAAUUCUCUUGGCACUUACCUUUAAUCAAUUUUAACUUGUUUUUCUUUACCUUUUAUCACAGAGAGCAGAAUUUGAGUUUAGAGGAAUCGUGGAGUUUAUUGUCUUUGUUUGAGAAAUCACACAGAGGGCGGAUAACAAAGGAUCUUGAUCUGGAAAAUCAUGGUAAGUUGUUUCGUGUGCGCAGUCAGUCCAGAAGCUAAAUAACGAGUUUACUUACCUCGACUAUUUUGUAUAGACAAUAGCGGCUUUCGCUGAGUUAAUAGGGGAGGUGUCGGGGAUGGAAAUGUACCGUUCCUGUGUUGGGUGAUGUGGGAUUUUUUAAAUAUCUUUCGUCAUUGUUUUUUUCAGGUGAUGCUCUAGAUGAGAUGUUAUCAAAAAGAGAAGAACACAUUCAGCCAAUAACAGAACAGUCUAAGGAGAUCGAUGAGAGGUACUUCAGUAUAAUGUAAAGAUUGAAUUCCCAAUCUCUAAUAGGAUGGGAAGUUUGGUCUAAGUUGUGUGUUGUUGGAGAAGACUAACUUUUUAAUGCGGACUUAAUGUCAGCUAAAAGUUAGUUGUGCGGAUGAAGUAAAUUUUGAAGAACGUUCGUUUCGAGCCCUUGGCUGGCGUUGGUGCAAAUCUGCGAAGAGUUUUCCUUAAUCGCUGACACAGGCGACAUUAUCUCUGGCAAUUAAUAACUGCUUACAUCGGGUGUGAAGCUGAGGAUCGUUUACAGUUGUAAAGUAACUUGGACGCGUUAGAACUCUAAGUUCGUGAGCGUGUCUUAGCUAGGUUAUGGCAGGUUUGAAUCUGUUUGUUUCGGCACCGUUUAUUUGGACGAUUAAAUGCACUAAUGGGUGUAAGAACUUAACAUGUUUUCGUUUUGAGCAAAAAUAAAACAAUACGUAGUGUUCAAAGUGUUCGUAGUCAAUUCAUGCAGUUUUCCUUAAUUUUGGAAUUUGAGUUGAUUUUUCUUUAUAUAUUGAUCAUAAUUACUCUAAUGGUUAUUUCCUCAGUGGUUUGACCGAUUUAGAGAUUCCAACACUUCCCAGAGGAAAGCAGUUAGUGAUCUACAUCAAGAACACCUGGGGAGACAGAAACUACGUAGGACUCAAUGGAAUUGAGGUGUUCACAGAUUGUGGUAAACCUGCAGAGAUUAUAGAGGUUAGUGAUUGUGAGACUGGCAAACUAAGUAUUUGUUCCCUCUGUGAGUAAUGGUACUAGGUUUUAGUGACAGGCGAUUCAGGAAACAAUGUUUUCUUUUAAAAGCAUGACUUGUUGAAUUACAAACAUCAGCUACUGUAUUGAGCUUUCUAAAUCAAUGGUUUGAAAGCUGUUUUUAGAUAUCCAAGGAAACCGUAGUAUUCUGACUACUUAUUUUCAUUCGGUUUUGUUCCCAAGCUAAAGUCGAAAAGUUUUAUUAUUCGCAGUAUUUUCUUGAAAUUGAUUGAUUAGCUUUGAUAAGUUAGCUGAAUCUCAUUGGCUAAAUACAUAUUCCACUUGAAUUUCCCUGGUUGUUCAAUAAUCCGAUGUAAACUGCUUGAUUAAAAGCCGCUUGCAAUCGGUCAGACUGAAGCGGUUUGUUGGUCCUGUAGUAGACAAUAAAGCCAUGAAAAUGUGGAUUAGGAGCCAGCCAGAUUCGAAGUGUUUGUUAUCAUUACAAUUAAAGAUUUUGACGCGGUAGAGGUACAACUAUACAUGUUUACUUUGCAAGAUAUGCAAAAUUAUGAUCGAUUUUUCAGGUCUCGGCGGAUCCUCCAGAUAUUAACAUCCUUCCUGAGUAUGGUAAUGAUCCAAGAAUAGUGACCAAUCUCAUUGAUGGGGUUUUUCGCACCAGGUAAAAUGUUACUCUUCUCAACAACUUACGCGAUUGUGUGUUUGUACCUGCUAACAGGAGAUGUGAUGGAUGACUUAUCGCAUUAUUACAUUUUAUUGAAAGGGAUGAUAUGCAUCUUUGGCUGGCUCCGUUCACACCUGGAGGAAAACAUAGUAUCAGUAUUACGUUUGCUGAAAGCACAAGGAUCGCCAUGAUAAGAAUAUGGGUAAGCUCUUCAUACGUUACAGGGUUUCGUCAUAAAAAUCUGUUGCUCAGUUUCACUGGCAGUAUUUUCAUAGCCUACGAGCAGCCCUCAUUAAUAGCGCUGCAGGACGCGCGUUUCUCCAUGGAGGGAAGAAUUGAAACGAAUCGGGGAGAGGUUUACCGGGGGUUUGGCCUCAUUAAUAGAAGACUUAAGCAGAGACGUUUUUGUGAAGCGGACGGCAACCGGAAGGAGAAUAAAACUAACUCUGACGCGCUUUAACGUUAAUACAUCGACUGUAAGUUCUGCGUUUUUGCAUUUUGAACUAAACUGUACUGACCAAAAAGGUGUAUUUAACAGCUGGAAUAAGAGCUCUUAACUUGCGGCUGUCGUCACCAAAAAGGUGUACUGAACAGCAGGAAUAAGAACUGUUAACUUCCGGCUGCCGUUUGCUCAUCAAAAAACGCUGGUGCUUAAGCUCCUUGUUAUCAGUCCCAGACCCAUUGCAGACCCUCCCCGGCUUGCGUUGCUGCAGGCCCCAUACGUUCCCUCGGGCAAAAGGAAAGUGCAUACUGAUUGGCUAACAAUGAACGCCUGUUCGUAGGCAAGAAUAUUUUUGAUCCCGGAUAUUUCUGUCUACAUAGAAAGGUUUAGAUGUCCAGGGCAUAGACGAAAGUUUUCUCUAGUGGAUAGUAUUCCUUCUACUUGUGCAUUGUAAUCUGGCUAGAACAUGAAAUGAAUUUUCAAUUUUUUUCCUUCCAGAAUUACAACAAAUCGAGAAUUCACUCCUUCAGAGGAGUACGAUGUAUUGAUAUGACCCUGGAUGGGAGCCUGAUAUUUCAGGGAGAAAUCGCACGGUAUUGUGUGCUCUUCGUUUGUGUAUAACUAUUUGUGUGUUAACAGUUGAGACUUGUCUAGGUUUGUCUAUUUCGUGUGACAAGAGGCAGAAACAAAACAUAAACACAGAUCUGUUGAUGAUUACGUUGUCUGUGACUGAGUUACAACGACCCCGAUUUGUUCUUUGUAGUUUGUUGCAUCCUUCUAUCCCUUCUUUCAGGGCAAUUUUUUGCUGUGUGUCGAACGUUCCUCGAUUAUUUUGGAUUUGUUUUAAGACACUUACCCGCUCAGUAAUUCAGAAGCACAGGUUAACCUAUCGCGAUUUGGUCACUGACAAACUUCCCUGCUUUACACAGUCCGUUUUUGUGAGCUCCCUUUAAUAGUUACCUUUUUCCGGAUUGGCCGUUGAGGUGACUUUGAUCUCGAUUUUACGACCAUUGGAAAAAAAGUUGUCUUUUUUGGUAACCUUGAGUGCGCUCUUUUAAACUGCAGAGCCAGUGGUGUCCUUGGAGCUAAUUAUGCCUUUGGCGACGUAAGUAACCAAUUAGCUGGUAUAAAAACAACUGUUUCAAAAGGCUUUUAGUCUUUAGUUUUCUUGUAUUGGUUCUAUUUCGACGGGUCUAUUUUGAUAUUGGAAAAUACAAAAAGCCGUAUUACUUACAUUGUUGGGAUAGUUAAUCAUUUGGAAAGGCAUACUUUUCAGUUGCUUUGAGUUGCUCGAGUAAAGUAACUCUUCAAGCAGUUUCUCGAGUUGUCGAUGAUCCAAGUUUAUGACGUUGUCACCUCUGAGCGAGUUACCUGCCUGACAAUAGUAGCUUUUCAUCACAGUCAAAAUUCUCUUAAUGGGUUGCUGUUAUUCCUUACAUACAGGGUGUUACGGAACCCAUCAAGAGCAUUUGAAUAGCCACAACGUUAAAGUUGCUCAAAAACCUUUUCAGACCUUGAGGCAUAUUUUCGCCAAACUUAAGGAUCCUGUCACGAAAGAACAACGAACCGACGCUAUUUAUUCUAUUCCUUACAAUGACUGUGACAACGAAUACAUCGGACAGACCAAACGUCAGUUUGGUUAAAAGAGCACCAAAAAGCGGUUUUUCUUUGCAAAAAGGAAAAUUCAGCUUUAUCGGAGCAUACAUGCCUAACCAACCAUACAAUUGGGUGGGAUAAUUUUAAAAUUGUCACCACUAAUCGGCGUUACCACCAGCGCCUUUGUUUGGAGGCUUGGCAUAUUAACUCCGCCCACGCUCCUUUAAAUCGUGACGAUGGCGGUUUGCUUCCUGACGCCUAUUUACACCUCGUCAGAAAGAAGGCCGCCAAUUAGUGAUCAUCUAAAAGGACCUCUUGUUGCAGCGUUCAGAUCACCCCUGAUGAAGGCACUAGACAGGAGUGUCGAAACGUUGGGUCUAUGAAUUGUAACUUCUUCAGUUACAUUCAUUAAAUCUGCAAACCAGAGUAGCAUCAAACUACGUCUGAGAAUCCUAAGUACUACUUCUCAGUAGAUGUACUACCCUCCUCCUAAACUUCAGGUAGUUGUGUUCUGUAAUCACUCUCUGUGCCAUUUCACAGACAAUUAUGUUCACUAUGGAUGAAGACAUACUAGAAGCCAUGGCUCAGUAUGACCAGACGUAUGAAGGAGACGAGGAAGACGAAGACGAAUUACUAAGGAGCUGUUACUUUGAACGGCCGUCCACUGCUGAUCAGGCAGAGGAAGGGGUUAGACAUGCACUAUUGAUUAGAUCUGUUGUCAUGUAGUCCGAUGUGUUGAGCUCCCCACGUCUGUCUGCGGACAAAAGAAACUCCCUCCAGAAAGAAGCCUUAUGUAUGAACGAUAUAAUUAUUUUCACGUUUGUGGCUUCUUGAUUAUAUGAAAAAGGCUGCGCUUACAAUUAAAGAAAUUGUUUAGGUGAAGAGAUGUUGUAUUUUUUUAAUCAGUCGCGAUAAAAUAAUGAUGUUCACCACCCCAUUCCCCUGCAUAAAAAUUUAUCGUUGGAAUAUAAGAUAUAAGUCCUCUACCUCACUUACUUUGCUUAUGCACCUUGAACUGAAACGGCUGUUUAUAUUAAUCUCUGUGUUUCUCUGUUUCUGAAAGACAAGUGGAGAUCGACCGCUUACGUCGGCCAAACAGCAUAUAAAGAAAUCAGAACCCGCUUCAGAAUUUAUUUCUGGAGGUUAGUCGUCUCAUAACUUUUUAUACAUUGUCUACAACUUUGGUUAAUCCAAAACAUGCUUCUUUGAAAUGAUUCCUCUUCUAAUUUUCUGAAUUAACAGAAGAUAUACCAGACAGUUCUGCUGACUUCCUAGAGGGUCGAGGUAUGUUUUAAAGUAUAGUUAAAAUGCUAGGAGUCUGUUUUUCUCUAGUUAUGGACACACACGGGACGAAACAGAUCGACAUGACAGGGUGUGUAAACCCAGCACUUUCCCCUUGAAACGUCAAUUAAACGCAAAAAUCACUUGGGUGUUAUUUCUGUUUUUGUUUUAUUAGUUCUUCAGUUCAAUUUUGUCUCGACGUGGGGAGAUCCGUACUACAUGGGACUCACUGGAAUCGAACUUCUGGGACCUAAUCAAGAAUCCAUUCCUCUUUCAUACAGCAUGUUGAAGGUAAGAUACGAUGCAUUGUAAAGCAAGAGAAAGAACUGAAAGAGUGGAAGAAUAUAACGAGCUUCUUGGUACUUGAGUCAUUGAAAAGACUGAGUGUUGGCGUCGGUUAUAUGAAUGGAUAUAGCGAAUUCGUCUGGAAAGGACUGAGCACUCAUUCUUUUAAUUUUGGUUACCCUCGCAACUUAUAAACAAACAGUGGUAAUUUGGUAAGGGGAACUAAGGUCGCGGUGGAAACGAUCUUCCUUUAACAUAUAACUCAAAUUGGCUACGCGAGAAUCGAUCAAUACUUUGACAAAUAGAUAUAUUGUUUCUAGUCUAAAGUGGCUGUUAACGUAUUGAAAUGACAACUAAUAUUGAAUUUGGCAGGAAUAAGAGGACGCCUUUUUGACCAGUCGUCCUGAAGUCUGAAAAAUUUUUUAAUUUUAGUUUCUAAUAAGAAUAGGAAACUCGAGAAAAUAUUUAUUUGGAUGGGUCAUUGGGUUGUCCUUUUUAUGACCAAAACUUCCUUGCUGGAUUGAGAACACCGGGAUAACUUGAUUCUUUUCUACAAAGAAGAACGCGAGAAUUAGUUCCUAUUGUACAUAAGUCAAAGUGCUUGUGUCUAAAAAUUGGUGUUCAAAUAGUUUUUUUCCCAAUUUAUCUCACAAGGCGUCUCCAAGAGAUCUAAAUGACCUUCCUGAAUAUGAAGAUGACGAUAGAACUCUUGAUAAGUAAGUACUCGGGUCCAUUUGUUGACGCCUUUGAAUACAAGCUGGUUUAGUGUCACCUUAGUGACUUGGUUAUAAGCUUUACCUCUGCUUUUAUUUAAUUAUUUUUACUGGAUUGCUCCAGUAUCACAACUUAAAACUCCGUGGAUAUACUUCUUGAGUACUAAAUGGCAUCCCGGUUCAUAUAAGUCUGGGAACGGAAUUAUCUUGGUUUUUUUUUUUCAGUACCUUCGUCAUGAUUAAAGUUUUGAUUGUUGCCCCAACAGAUUGAUAAAUGGAACAAACGUGACAAUGAGUGAUGAACACAUGUGGCUGAUACCAUUCACUGAUGGACAAGAUCAUCUUCUGACAAUCGACUUGGGACACACCACCCCUUUGGUGGGAUUCAGAGUUUGGAACUACAACAAAUCCACAGAUGAUUCCUUCAGAGGGUAUGUAUUUCAUUGACAAACAAAUUCGAUGAAAUCUGUUAAGUGCACUCCAACUUCUGAAAAGCAAGUGGAGCAACCUUUGCACAAAGAUAUGCAGCUGGAACAGGAAUACGGAUGAUAGGAGCCACGUGGAAAGUCAAGUGUCUCUCUAUACCAAAUUUUUUUUAAUCUCAUGAAGUCUGUGAUUGCUAUUUUGUAACUUUAUUGCACCGUUAUUGUCCACAGGCCAAACAAGUUCACGUUAAGCUCGAUGAUAGGAAUAUUUCACCACCUGAGGGAUUUCUCUUGAGAAAAGGUGAACCAAUUUUCUAAUAUGGAACACAUUUCCACAAUAUUUAUGGCGCUCUUUCGUCGAAAAUCUUUAUAUUUUAAUUACAUUUGUUUUGCAGGGCCGGGUAAUAUGCAUUUCGAUCAUGGGCAGGAUGUUUUCUUUAUUAAAACGACAAGAGGAUAUGCAGCGCAUGGUACUUCGACCAAGGACGUGGAACGCAGGUGCAGUUAUAGUUUCUUUGCUACUCUAAAGGAAUCUGCUUUUUUGACGGUGUGAAAGUAACGAGGCGUAAUGCAUUGUUAAGUGUCUAUUUCCGACGUUUACUGUUCGCUGGUCAGUUGUUGUAGUUGUUUCAGAUCGUGUGCAGUAAAUAGUUGUUUUUCACCUUCGUCAUUCCUACUGAUUCAGUUGAAAUGAUGCCACUGUUUUUCUCUAGCAAGGUUAUCUAGUAAAAGGGUGUAAUUAACCACUGACGCCAAAGCUUACCGACAGUGACCUCAUACUCUUUCGAAAGAUUGACUACUAUUCGUCAUAUGCGCCGAAGGUUUAACCCAAACUGAAACUUAUCGACGUCAAAGCUUCCGGCAGUGACCUCAUGCUCUUUUGAAAGAUCGAUAACUAUUCGUUAUAUGCACCGAAGUUUUAACCCAAACUAAAACUUAUCGAAGCAAGAUAAGCGGGAUACACAGUCAUUACUUGAUAUCGAAGCGUUGUUAUUUACGUUCAAUGUGUUUCCUAUUUUGUGAUCUUACUCUGAUUUAUUCUGUCUUUAGAUCUGAAAGCAGGGUGAAUUUGAAAAAGCUUAUGCCAGACUAUGAACCAACGUUAAUUCCUUGUGGCUGUAUCCUUCUAAUACAUAGACUGAUGAAACAAUAAGUAAUUACAAACAAUACAUUGACAAUUUUCUCCGUUAACUUAAGCAAACGUGUUUGUCAGUAUAAUGGCAUUUUCUCUAUAUCAUUAGCUUCAAACCAGGAGACUUUUUGUCAGUAACAGUUACCAUUUAAAAUUGUGUCUUCCUUUGUGCGGUUUUGUUUCAAUCAGGCAGAUUUGAGACAAAUUUGCGCUCAUCUUCCACAAAGUGAAACAUCUUCGAAAUGUCUCAAUGCUCAACUGUUAGGUAAAUUAAUUAUUUUUUACUUAAGUGCAGUUUUUACUGUUCAGUUUUCUGAAAGUGCAACAAUGACGGAAACGUUUUAAUAUCAUAAGCCACUUCGCUGCCCCUAGUAAGAAUUGAGUGAACAUGGACCUUUUUUCCGGUAAAAUACAAUUUUGUCUUAAUAUUAAGAGGACAAAAUAGAUUACUGCCUGUGAAUUACUUUUCCUUCACUUGUUACCAGUCGUAUUUCAGUUUCAACUGUUUUCCACCUGGGGAGAUCCUUACUACGUCGGUCUUAACGGCCUUGAAUUUUACGAUGAAAAUGGCUACAGACUACGCCUUACGGAAAACAACAUAACCGCGCAUCCUCACAGUGUGAACGUUUUACCAGGAGUGGUAGAUGAUAUAAGAACUCCUGACAAGUUGAUAGACGGUGUGAAUGACACUUACGAUGGACGGCACAUGUGGUUGGCUCCCAUCUUACCGGGAUUGGUGAGGACCGUUUGUGUUAGUAGUUAAGUGAGAACUCCCGACGUAGAUACAUGCAUGUGAACGUGACUUCAUUGCGUGAAAUCCCGUGUGGCAAAGUCGCGAACUGGCUUUAUUUUUGCGUCCCAUUAUAAAGAACGUGGCACGAGUUUCUAUUUACAGAGCGACCUGAAGCCAAAUAAAUGCAGUUGGGGAAUGUUUUCGACAGCUUACAGCAUGCAUAUUUUUUUGUUAAAUGAUUCCGAAACGAUACUCAACAAAAAAAAAAAAAACUUGUUAGGAAAAUACGAUGCUCAUCGUGAUGAUUCUCUGAGAUCAUGUGUAUAUACUCUACACUUAGCUUUUAAAAAGUUUUAGUUUUCUGAUCGUCGUUUUCAGAUCAAUUUGAUUUAUGUGGUGUUCGAUGAGCCCGUAACAGUUUCCACGGUAAAAGUUUGGAAUUACAGCAAAACACCCAUCCGAGGAGUUCAGCAGUUUGGGGUAAGACUUGUAAUAACACUCUAAGAAUAUGAGUGUCAUUCCAAUUAUGGUUUGAAAAAAUUUCCUUUCCCUAGUCGUGGACAGUCCAUGGACAGUUGCUCGCUGUUACCCAUUACCAAGGAAUGGAACUAACAGCAAAAUGUAUCGCUUAAGAUGCAUUUGUUCAGAAAUUUUGACCGAGGAAGAAUAAUGACACAAAUAACUUUGGUCAUUUGUCCCAGCUUUGGCUUUUUCAGGGUUCCGAGGGUCGUUGGAGAGGCUGGGAAAGUCAAGAAUUUCCGUUUUCUUACUUUAAGAUCAGAAAAUGUAUGAAUGAGAUGUGGGUAAUAGAAAGUCAUGGACAUGGACUAAAAUGUUGGGAGGAGGGAACAAAAUACUGGGUCGUGGAAGUCGUAAAAAUGUAACAGGUCAAGUUAUAGAAUUGUAGAAACUCCAAAGAAUACGAAUACCCCGUUUUUUGUACACAUUGUUUCAGUUUUGGGAAAUACUAUUCGCCUGGUCAUACGCUGCUAGGAAUCUUAAAAUCCCUGUCAUAUGAGCUUGAUCUGAAUUUGACGUUGUUGUUUUGUUAGCUGUAGGUCGAUGACUUUUUAGUGUAUCAUGGUAUCUUACCACAAGUCCCGGCUGUAACCAAAGGAAUUCUUGAUCUGAAUUUGUUGUUGUUGUUGUUUUGUUAGCUGCUAGUGGAUGACUUGUUAGUGUAUCAUGGUAUCCUACCACAAGUCCCGGCUGUAACCAAAGGAAUUCUCCCCAACAUAGACAUGCCUACUCCACACCACACGAUACUGUUCACUGAUCACGAAGAGAUCGCUCUUGCGGAACGCAAAAAUGUUCUCAGGUGAGCCAGGUGAAACCUAUUAGUGAUCAGCGGUGUUCAUGAAAUAAACGCUACAGUUGGUAUUAUUCCCGUUGCAGAACUUGUUAGGAUGAUCAAAAUAUCAUUGUCCUCGGUAUCGUUUUAGGUGCUUGUUCCGACACUAUAAGCACAUAGAGCUGUACUUGUGUCUCUACUAUCUCAUUCCCAACAACAAAAACAUCGAUUAAGUACUGGGAAAAUUUAAUGGUGUAUUUGUGAAGGAAAUCAGUUAAACAAAAAACGCCCAACGAAACAGCAAAAAAUGCCAAAUAAAGGUAAAUAUGGGCAAUUUGAAGACCAAGGGCGCACGCUUUGUCGUAAGAAAACAAAUUCAACGUAACUUUCAUUUUCUUUCAGAGAACAAAAGCGUUUAUUGUAGUUGCAUUGGUGCCAUGAAGUUAUUCAUGUGCGAAGUACUUGUCUCUGUCAAGCACUUUUAUGUGCCAAAUCUUGAAAAGUCUCGCGACCGUUUUUUUGUCUGGUUUUAUUUUAGCAACAAAGGAGGUGGACAAGAUAUCCAGCUGACAAAUGAUAAAAGAAUUGUGUCUCACUAUAGUGAUCCAAAGUCAGCCGGCAAAGUCGCUGAUCCUGGUACGUAACAGAGACGUAGACUGAAAUAAAAAGGAUGGUAAAUUCAAUGUGGGAAAACUUUCUUUCUAAUUUAGAGCCAAGGUAAUUCAGGUUAGCUCCAAAAGGGUUCUCCCACGGGUGUGGUCCUUUCAUUAGUUAUGUAAACUCUGUCCUCGAAAAAACCCUCUCUAGAUCAUCAGAGUUCUCUUGAGGUGCCUGAUUUUGAAUUGCGCUUGAAUAAACUUUACCUGACUCUUUAGUAUAGACAUCUUCUCUAAUGGUUCUAACAGAAUUUAAUUGCCUGUUUUGUAAAAUUUAAAUGUCUUGUACAUCGGUACUGUUUCCUUUACAUCUUCUUUUAUAUGCAGUAGCUGAGUGCUGUCUUGCUAUAUUUUCAGCUCUGCGACCUAUGACAAGUGUUCCAGCUCUAAAGAAGAAAAGAUAG